AAAAGUCAUCUCAGAAGGAAGGAUUCUUGGCAACUGGCUGGCUGGCCUCUGGCUGCCGACAUCUCUGCAGUAAUUCAUUACCCUGAAGUGCGUGUCUCUCUGCUCAGAGAGCCCUCCCCCUUCCCUAGACUCACUUUAUAGACUUGGCAUUUGCCUGAAGCCUAUCACUGCUUGGAUCGACUGGGCAUCACAGCCCUUUAAGGAAGAUCAGCAGCAGACCCACUUUAGAGUCCAGGAGACUGAGGCCAGGAGAGGGACAGCAGCUGGCACAAGGCCCUCUGGAGAGCAGUCAUGUCGACCCUAUUGGAUAUCAAAAGCAGUGUGCUGAGGCAGGUCCAGAGAAGCCAGUCUUUUCGAAGAAGAGCCGAUGAGGCAGCCGCAUCUGGAGCAGCAGCAGGACCCAGCUCCUCCCAGCAAGAAGGUGGGCCUGAGACAAGCAUGGCCAGGGAGGAAGGAGACGAUGGUGACUUCUUUUCGAAGAUGAAAUUGAUUCUGAAGAAGAAGGAAACCAGGCAGCGUUUGGGGCGGUUGGAGGGUGUCUUACACAGCAGUGCCCCUCCUCCUAGGGAGCCCCUGGGCCCUGGCCAUGAUGCUGAAAGCCUGGUGCCAACCAAGAAGGAGAUGGAAAUGCUCUUCGAGGAAGCCCUGUACACUGUAUGCUACAGAUCAGGGGUGGCAUCCCCAGAGCAUGUGGCCAGUGAAGAUGAACUUUUUGACUAUCUUCAGAAGGUGUUCGGUAUGAGCUCUUCUGAGCUGGAGGCAGCCCUGCAUCGAGUGAAGGAGGCCAAGCCUCCGGCGUAUUCUUUGAAAGUCACAGUUGUGCGGGCUAAGAACCUCCUGGCCAAGGAUGCCAAUGGGUUCAGUGACCCUUACUGCAUGCUGGGCAUUCUGAUCGGCCAGAGUCCCCGAGAGCAGGGGGAAAAGAAAGAGCGGAAAUUCAGCUUUCGAAAGCGAAAAGAGAAGGUAGAGAAACGCAACAGUGCUCGAGAUGUGCUCCCAGCCAAGUACAUCCAGGUCACCGAAGUCAAGAACAGCACCUUGAACCCUGUCUGGAAUGAGCAUUUCCUAUUUGAAAUAGAUGAUGCUUCCAAUGACCAGCUGCACCUGGACAUAUGGGACCAUGACGAUGAUGUCUCUGUGGCUGAAGCCUGCAAAAAACUUAACGAAGUGAUUGGCUUCAAAGGAAUGGGCAGGUAUUUCAAACAGAUUGUCAAAUCAGCCCGGGCUAAUGGGAUAGCAGGAGCCUCAGAAGACAAUGCUGACGACUUCCUGGGCUGCCUCAACAUUCCCAUUCGAGAGAUUCCCGUGACCGGCUUAGACAAAUGGUUCAAGUUAGAGCCUCGAUCCAGCUCUUCUCGUGUCCAGGGAGAUUGCCAUCUCAUCCUCAAGCUGAUCACCACGCAGAGACACACCAGCAUGAGUCGGAGGAUGUCAGGCUUCCAGGUGCAUGGACUGCUCCUCAGCCAACUGCUUAAGUUUGAGCAUGGCCAGGACCAGCCAGAAGCCUACAGCUGGAAAGGAGAACUGAGCGGAUCUGCGCUCACUAUUCUUUCUCACCAUGGCACCCAGACGGAUCUCUCAUCUCUGCAGCUAGCCAUGAUACACUGGCAGGUCAGCAGCCAGCACCACCAGGCUUGUGGCUUGGACUAUUGCUACCUUCUGGAGCUACUUGGAACCAUUCAGGAGCAGUGGGGAGAAGCAGCAGCUGCUCUACCUAGACAACAGGAGGAGAGUUUGGCCAACAGCUUCAUCUCCUUUGUGGAGCAUGCCCUCCUGCUGCUGAGACAGCUCCGGGAGCUGUUCCCCGUCACCAACAGCAAUGCUGUCAGCCGCCUUGAGUUCCUCCUGAGGUGUCUUAGUCAGAUUUACAGCCUGCAGCCCUUCCGUAUGGUCUGCCCAUUCCAGAAUGAGCUACACGUGGACAUUGCCACAGCCCUGAAGAAAGGAACUCAGGACUGGUAUGAAAGACUCCAGAGAAGCCGGAGGCCCCUGGGAAAGCCUGGGCUAGAAUGUCUCCCUGGACUUAUCAGCCUGGCAGAUGCCGUGUAUGACGACUUACAGGCCAGCCACAGCGUCUAUGGAAGGCUCUUUGUCAGCAUUGUGAAGGUUGAUUUAUUUGGCAUCACCUAUCGGCAGUUGGAGAAGCUGGUAGCUGAAGAGAUCCAGGCUCCAGUGGAGGAGUUGAGCACUGGGCUGGAGUUGGGUAGCGCCUCAGGCCUCUUUGAGCUCUACAUCACCCUGGCAGAGAUCCAGCGCUUAAGAGCCUACCUCCCUACCAAGGACAGCUCUGCCUUGGCCUUGCCAGGAUUCCACACUCAGUUCCUUCCAGCCAUUCGCCUGUGGCUGCAAACUCUUCGGGACAAGACUCGUCAACGACUCCAGAGGGCUGUAGAUGUGGACAAGCUGGAGCCCAUGGACGCCACCUCCAAACACAGCAGCUCAGCAGCAGAUGCCACCCUCUGCUUCUCCCAGACCCAGGAGCUAUGGGCCCAGCUGGCCUGGCCAGAAUCAGCAGAGGCCCUGGACCUAGUGACUCAGCUCACCGAGGAUAUCUGUGAGGCUGCUCUAUACUACCCAGAACUGGUUCGGAGGAAAGUGGACACACGGCCCCUGGCCCUGGGUGAAGCAGUGAGUGAGCCGCUUUGCAUUGCCCUGAACAAUGUGGAACAUGUACGAAAAGCCACAGGACAGGUACUUCGGGGGCUGGAAUGGCCAGAGCCAGGUGGUGGGUCCCCAGGGGGCCUCCCCAGAGCCCUGAAGAACCGACUGCUGGCUAUGGAUGAGGACCUUCAGAGGGAGGCCCGGAACAUGAUUGCACACCUGACGGCCAAGAUGGUAGGAGACAUUAAGAAGUAUGUUCAACAUAUCAGCCUAUCACCAGACUCGAUCCAGAAUGAAGAGGCCAUAGCCCCUCUCAUGAAAUAUCUGGAUGACAAGCUGAUUCUUCUCAGUGACUCACUAGUGAAGGAAAACCUCUGCCGGGUGCUGGAAGCUCUCUGGGAUCUGCUGCUUCAGGUCAUUCUUCAGGCUCUUGGGGCCAACAGAGAUGUCUCUGCUGAGUUCUACAGAAGGUUUUACUAUACAUUGGAGGCCUUAGUGGAUUUUUUCCAUGCAGAAGGGCAAGGGUUACCCUUGGAGAGCCUGAGGGACGGACACUACAAGACCUUGGAGGAGGAAUUACGCCUCAACAAGUGCUCCACCAAUGAGUGCAUUGAGCAGUAUUACCUGGACAAGCUCAAACAGGGCGGGGGGACAACUCUCUCCCAGAGAUCGAUGGAGCAGAAUAAGUAUGGACGGCUGAGUGUCAGGUGUUACUAUGAGGCGGCAGAACAGCGGCUGGCUGUGGAGGUGCUGCAUGCUGCAGACUUAAUUGCCCUGGAUGCCAACGGCCUAAGUGACCCCUUUGUCAUUGUUGAACUCUGUCCCCACCACAUUUUCCCACUGGCCCGAAGCCAGAGGACCCAGGUCAAGACCAAGACCCUACACCCUGUGUAUGAUGAGCUGUUCCACUUCUCAGUCCCUGCAGAGCUGUGCCGCCAUCGGGCGGCCUGCGUAGUCUUCACUGUAAUGGACCAUGACUGGCUGUCCACCAAUGACUUCGCUGGAGAGGCUGCCUUGGCCCUGAGCAGCAUCAGUGGGCUUAGCAGGCCCCAAGUGGGAAGCAGUGUGAGGAGCAUGCAGCCAACCACUCUUCACCUCCGCAGGCCCAAAGCCAAUGUGAAAUCAGCACUGAGGAUGCUGGAGGGAAGGAUGGACAGAGAAGCACAAGAGUUUGUGAAGAAACUCAAAGAGAUGGAGAAGAGCAUGGGAGACGAUUAAGCAGCUUUCUCUGGGUGGUGCCACACUCACGCUCCCCUUUCCUCCUCUCCUCCCCACCCCCUAUCUCCACCUCUGGCUGCAAUUAUCUACAUCAAAGCAUCAGGGUCCGUUUGGUCUUUCAUCAGAAACUCCUGUUCAGUUCCUUCUGGUGUAACCUCAGUGGUGGGUCAGUCUGUGAUGUUUCUCCUUGUUCAGUGUUGUGUGCGCCUCAGCCAGGCCCAACAGCUUUACCCGCUCCUAGUUCAAUUUUGGUUUGAUGCCUUUGCUGUGAACACCCCCUACCCUGGGGCCACUGGGGCCCAAGUCUCCACCUGUCAGUGACAGCGACUGCCCUUCCCUUCCCAUUUGCUUGGAGACCCAAAAGUGCCACCCAAAUGACCCAUUCAAGCAAUUGUUAGAGCAUUUAGGGCAUGACUGGGGAGGUGUCAAGGUAAGCAGGUGGUACAGGGGGUGGAACAGAGCUACCAAAUUCUCUAAGCCUGCUUCACCCAGCUCUGCAGCAAUCUGAUGAGUGUGAAGGACAGCGCCCACUGCCCACUUAUCCCCCAGCUCCAGACAAUCUCCACCCCAAUCACAGAAGAGACUCUUCAAGGAAAUUCAAUUCAGUAGCCAGCUUCUAUCACAGGGGCCAGAAGACAGUUAUCCGACCUCCAAGUCGGCUAAUACAGCAGAGGGAGGCUGUGAUCUUAUCUAGGACGCUCUGCUGGGAAAUGCCAGGGACAACACCAAGUUUAAUGGCCCUGGAAGGUCACAGGUCAGAGCUGGAAGGGCUCUUAGAGAUCAUUUAGUACAGCCCCAUCAUUUCACAGAUGAGGAAACAAGUAUUUAGAUCUGCCUCAAGUUACACAGCUAGUAAAAGAAAGAGAUGGGAUAUGUACUUGUAGGCGACUGGUCCUCUCACCAAAUCUCUCAUCCUAGUGCAGAGAAGAGUAAUUUUCCUUUGUGGAAAACUGAUUUCCUAUGGAGGAUGGGCCCCCUGAGAAAGGUUCCUCACUAUCUCACUGGGCACUCAGCACCAGUGCUGUGUUUUUCCUCUACAACCUCUAGCUGUAUUUUGCAAUCCCGUGAAAAUAUGCCUGGUCUAAAGAGGGCUCUAGCCUUCAGGCCACAGAAGACCGCUUGCCUCUCUGCUCGUAGCCUAAAGAGCUUGUCUGCAGCACUUACAGAUUCAAGAGCAAAGGCCCAUCUUCCCUUCCAGUUCCAAGCCCUCACAGUUACCAGUCUGGACUGCAGAAUUCCCACUCAAGCCUCAUCUUCCCCUGCCCCUCUUAUGGCUGCCCAGCUUCCGGUCCCCAGGCAGAAACUAAAGCUCCAGGAUCCAGGCCUGCUCCCUUCUGGAGGACUGCCGUGCCACGAGGAAGCAGCACCACGCUAUUAUCCUAUAACAAAGGCUCCUAGGAUGGAAACGCCCAUAAAAUCAGACUCACACCAGGCCCUCUGAGUUCAAAUAGCUCAAAGGCAGAUCCUUCACUCCACCUAAAAAUUUCCAUCAGUUCAGCUGAGUUAAAGGAUGGGGAAAACAUUGAAAUAGAUGAAAAUGUCCAGUUCUGCAGUUACUGAGUAGGGCUAGCACAGUUCACCAAUUCUAAGUUCUGACAAAUGGGUAUCUAUGGGUCCAGUUAAUCCAUUUCUAGGUUUGUCAACCAGGUUUGGAAAAUACAGCUGUAUUGAGCACUA